GAACACUGGUGUAUACAGACAGUACUUCCUGAGUGAGGGACAUAUAAACAGUGGCAAACAAAUGCAAAAUAUAAAUCUAGCAGCAUCCCAGAAGAGGCCUGUAUUUUCAGAAGCAAGCAAGCAAGCAAGCAAGUAAGCAAGUAAGUAAACAAGUCUGGAAAAAAUGGAACAAUGUGGACAUGCCGUUCUGAAUACUGAAGUAAAGCAGAAAGACACAAACAGAGCGAUUGUGAUCGCUGUCUCUUCCAGAGCCAUCUUUGAUCUGGAGGAGGAGCACAGGCUGUUUUUAGAAAAAGGGACAGAGGAGUUUGAAAACCAUCAGAGAGCCAAUGAGAAUGAGCCACUGAAGGAGGGCACUGCCUUUAACUUCAUCAAGGCUGCCCAAAUGGUAAAUGAGAAACUGCUGGAAAAGAAUCCCCAGGAAAAGCUGCUGUUUGAUGUGAUUCUGGUUUCAAAUAACAGUCCCCAAAGUGGCUCACGGAUAAUAAACAGUGCAAAACAUUAUGGUCUGGACAUCACCAGAUUUUGUUUUGUGAAUGAGGAAGAUUCCACAAAAUACCUGCACUCUAACAAUGUGAAAUUGUUCCUGUCUGCAGACAAAACGGAUGUUUGCAAUGCCCUGAAGAGAGGUAUUCCUGCUGCCAUGGUGUUCAAACAGGAAGUUCUGGCUCCCAGUGACCAGCUGAGGGUGGUGUUUGAUGGGGAUGCCGUUCUCUUCUCAGACGAGACGGAGCGCAUCUUCCGAGAGAAAGGGCUCAGCGAGGCAGUGAAUUAUGAGAAACUUCAGGAGUCUGUCCCCAUCGGAGAGGGACCUCUGAAAGAGUUUGCGAUGCUUCUCGGGGAGUUGAGAAAGAAAUUCUCCCUGGAUAACAGCCCCCUCUGUAUCUACCUAAUGACGUCCCGGAGCAACAGGGAUAUGAGUGCCCGGGCCAUCAGGACUCUGCGCGUUUGGGGGCUGGAGGUGGACGAAGCUUUCUUCUUGGACGGGGCCCCCAAGGGUCCUAUUCUCUCCCAGAUACAACCACACAUCUUCUUUGAUGAUGGGAUGCACCACAUUUGGGGGGCCCAGGGUGUUGGCACACCAGCAGCUUUGGUGCCGUCUUCCUGCUAACAACCUCCAGGCUUCCUGCAAACUAUGGAUGAGGGAUUUAUUUUUAUUUUUUUUAUAUAUAAACUCACUACAUCACUUAGGAAUUUUAAGUAUAUGUCACAAAAAAAGCCAAUGGUGAAAAUCGGCAUGCUAAAAAUAAUAAUAAUGGCUUUGUAGCCCAGGUGGCCACAUAGCUGUUUUCAUCCAGUUUAAGUUAUUAUAAAAGACUUGUUUAUUAGUCUACCAUUAAAAAUUACAUAGCAAUUGACACAAAAUGCAUGCCUUUUUCUAGGGACUGAAACAGCGGUCCACUGAUUCCUCGUAAUUUAUUACCUUCACUCAGGAACCCAUGAGAGAAACCACCAAAAACAACUAUCUGUAUAGACCAAAGUUUACACAAUUGCUUGCCAACAUAUCUAUUGGUGUUUCUGGGUUGAGCAGCUCUCCUCUUCACACACUUACAAUCAAGUUUUCUCUCU